AACCAGAUCCGUAUGGAAAGAUGCAUGCUGGGAGUUCUCUUUUCGGACACCGGAUAAGAUUUUUUUUUUGAAUGUGGUAGUGGAGGCUGAAGGCACUUUGGUCCUUUUCUUGGUGAACUGUCUUAUGUUUGAGUACCAGAGUGGGCCUGGUCUUGGUCUUUGGGGAAGGAAAGGGUGUUGUUGGACGUCUCCCGCCCUCUCCCCGCCUGCUUGGGAGACAGUGGCCGCGGCGGGACUCGGGGGAAGCGCAUCGCGGGACACUUGUCGCGGCCGCAGCACCGGAUCUUGGGGCGGCUACCAGAUGUGCCAUGCUUUCUUGUGAUAUUUGUGGUGCAACAGUAACCUCAGAACCAGAUAUGAAGGCUCAUCUCCUAGUUGUUCAUAUGGAAAAUGAAGUUAUAUGUCCGUUUUGUAAGUUGUCAGGUGUGAAUUAUGAAGAAAUGUGUUUUCAUAUUGAAACUGCACAUUUGGAGCAAAAUGAAAUAGAACAAAGCUUUGAGAGGAUCAAAGCAAUACAGUAUGGAACUUCAGAUAACAAGGGCAGUAGCCUACAAUGUAGGGUGGAAGUUAACUCAAGUAUUUUUUCAGCUUGUGCAUCUGAUCAUCCAAAAAUACUGGUCCAAAAUCUGCCUAAGAAUAGUACUUUAAAACAUAAAGCUAUUCUUUCAGAGAACUUAGCAGAAUCUAGACAACUCCUGAAAAACAAGGGAAACCAGUCUGACCCAUCUGAAGCAAAAGGAUCAAUUUAUGGAACAACAUAUAGUCCUCCUGAGUGUCCAUUCUGUGGAAAAAUAGAAGGUUGUAGCAGAGAUAUGGAAAUGCACGUGAGAUCAAAGCAUGGCAAUCUACUAGACACCCCCUUAAAAGACUGUGGUCAACCAGUAUAUGACUGCCCUAUGUGUGGACUUACCUGUACAAAUUACAAUAUCCUCCAGGAGCAUGUUGACUUACAUUUGGAAGAAAGCAGCUUUGGACAAGGCACGAAUAGUGUACAGUGUUCUCGUGACUUAGAGCUGGCGCACCAACUUCAACAAGAAGAAGACAGAAAUAGGAGAUCCAAAGAGUCGAGACAAGAAAUAGAAGAAUUUCAGAGAUUGCAGCGACAAUAUGGUUUAGAUAAUUCUGGAGGAUAUAAACAGCAGCAACUACGAAAUAUGGAGAUUGAAGUGAGUAGGGGAAGAAUGCAUCCAUGUGAGUUUCAUAAAAGAAAAGCUGAUAUGAUGGAAUCGCUAGCGCUCGGCGUUGAUGAUGGAAAGACAAAAACUUCUGGAAUCAUCGAAGCACUUUAUAAGUAUUAUCAGAACGCUGCCACAGAUGUUAGGCAUGUGUGGCUUUCUGCAGCAGUGGAUCACUUUCAUUCAUCGUUUGGUGACAAAGGUUGGGGUUGUGGUUACAGAAAUUUCCAGAUGUUGCUUUCCUCAUUAUUACAAAAUGGCAGUUAUGAUGAUUGCAUGAAAGGUAUGUCAGUUCCUUGCAUUCCAAAAAUUCAGUCUAUGAUUGAAGAUGCAUGGAAGGAAGGUUUUGAUCCCCAGGGCGCCUCUCAGCUCAAUAACCGAUUACAAGGAACAAGGGCCUGGAUUGGCGCAUGUGAAGUAUACACACUCCUGACCUCCCUACGGGUAAAGUGCCGUAUCAUUGAUUUUCACAAGCCAACUGGUCCUUUGGGCACACACCCUCGCUUAUUUGAAUGGAUAUUGAACUAUUAUUGCUCGGAGAGGGAAGGGAGUCCAAAAGUAGUGUGUACAGCAAAGCCUCCUAUCUAUCUUCAGCAUCAAGGUCAUAGUCGAACUGUUGUUGGAAUUGAAGAGAGAAAAAACCGAACGUUGUGUCUACUAAUAUUUGAUCCUGGAUGCCCUUCUAGAGAAAUGCAGAAAUUAUUAAAGCAAGAUGUGGAGGUUAGCCAUCUCAAGCAACUUCGGAAAUUUGUGGGAAAUUUAAAACAUAAGCAGUACCAGAUAGUGUCAGUAGAGGGUGUUCUUUCUCCAGAGGAAAAAGUGAUGAAGCUGCCUAGGCACAGAGACGUUGCUACGCUUAGCAGGGUCACACAUCUACACAGUAACGGUUAUGUUUGCAGUUCAGACAGCACCCCGACCCAGCCCUGGACUUACUGUUCCUGUUUGUUCAUUACAAAGGCUUACAGUUUUAUGUCUGUAAAAUUUUUGUUUGUUUUGUUUUGUUUAUUUGUUUGUUUGGUUUUUUUUUUCUGCAAAGUUUUUGUGUCAGAAGUUUGGCCUUUAAAUGUUUGUUUUCACCCCUUUGGUUUUGGUUCCGGUGUUUUCAUUAUCUUUAUCUUAUAAUCUGUUCUUCUUAACAGUGCCUUAUACCAUUUAGGAAUUCAGUAAAUACUAUCAUCUGAGAGAAAUCUACAUUUUGUAACUAAAGGAAAAAUAAUAACUUUAUUUUUAAAAAAAAAUGGGGGGUUGGCCAGGCCAUGGUGCA